GCGGGACGCGGCGGUCGGUGAGCGCCCGCUGGAAGCUGGAGCUUCCGGGCCCUGGAAAGGGGUCCCCGCGCGCCCUGGGUCGGAGACAGACCCCGGGGUUUGGGGGACAUGGGCAUUUGGGGCGCCUGAACCCAAGACCUCUGGAUGAGCUGCCCCGUUCAGACCAUGGACCCUGAGGUGACCCUGCUGCUGCAGUGCCCUGGCGGGGGCCUGCCCCAGGAGCAGAUACAGGCCGAGCUGAGCCCCGCCCAUGACCGUCGCCCACUGCCAUGUGGGGAAGAGGCCAUCACUGCCAUCUGGGAGACCCGGCUAAAGGCCCAACCCUGGCUCUUCGACGCCCCCAAGUUCCGCCUGCACUCAGCCACCCUGGCGCCUAUUGGCUCUCGGGGGCCACAGCUGCUCCUGCGCCUGGGCCUUACUUCCUACCGAGACUUCCUGGGCACCAACUGGUCCAGCUCAGCUGCCUGGCUGCGACAGCAGGGGGCCACCGACUGGGGUGACACGCAGGCCUAUCUGGCGGACCCACUGGGGGUGGGCGCUGCACUAGCCACAGCCGAUGACUUCCUUGUCUUCCUACGCCGCUCCUGGCAGGUGGCUGAGGCCCCUGGGCUGGUGGACGUGCCUGGUGGGCACCCUGAGCCUCAGGCCCUGUGCCCUGGUGGCAGCCCCCAGCACGAGGACCUCACUGAGGAGCUGGUGGUACGUGAACUCUUUUCCAGUGUCCUUCAGGAGAUCUGUGAUGAGGUGAACCUGCCGCUGCUCACCCUGAGCCAGCCCCUGCUGUUGGGCAUCGCCCGAAACGAGACCAGUGCUGGCCGAGCCAGUGCCGAGUUCUAUGUCCAGUGCAGCCUGACUUCUGAGCAGGUGAGGAAGCACUACCUGAGUGGGGGACCCGAGGCCCACGAGUCUACAGGAAUCAUCUUUGUGGAGACACAGAAAGUGCGGAGAUUGCAGGAGACGGAGAUGUGGGCUGAACUCUGCCCCUCGGCCAAAGGCGCCAUCAUCCUCUACAACCGGGUUCAGGGAAGUCCCACUGGAGCGGCCCUAAGGUCCCCAGCCCUACUCCCGCCACUCUGAAGAUAAUAAAGGACUUUAUUCUUGGA